CUUCUUUGGCUCGUUUCUAAUUUAUUUUAUUUUAUUUUCUCCUUUUCCUUUCCUUUAUAAUGAGCCAUGCUGCAGCACAAACUUGAACUACGAGUGGGCUUUGAAACAAUGGCUUUUCCUUAUCACAACAUCACGCGACUCGAGUCUGUUCUAGUCUAAUAUCUAUCAAGCCCGUCCGGCCCAUCAUCCCAAGUUCAGCUCUUCUAUCUAGUCUCUACUUUCUAAUCGUUUUAUUUUUAUUGGACUGGAAUCCCGAUUUUUUUUUUAUUAUUUGUUCAGUCACGUCCCUGUUGGUACAACCCCAUCAUUGUUAUACCUACCUGUAUUUUUUGUGUCUACUGUUUUUCUAUAUCUCCUUCCAAGGAAGAAAACAGCAGAAAUCAAACAAAAAAUGAGCACGUCGACGCAGGUUAGGACAUCCGUCCACACGUCCACAAGCAAGAUCAUGUCGCCCACAAUCCUGGCCAUUGACGACUCUGCGGCAGCCGAGGCCGUUGGUCCCAUAGGUUUGCCUGCCAAGCAGGUCCCGGAAAACCCAAACUCGUUAGCUUCGAGAGCACCCAAACUGCAAUCUCCGCGACGCAUCACAUUCAAAGACAUUGCCGACAAGAGGACGAGGGCCGGCAAGCUCGUCGCCCUCACGGCCUCGGCCGCCGACAGUGACAUGUUCAAGGUUGCCGCCGCCGGCCAAAAGCCCAAAGCGAGACGUUGGGACCAUCUUCUCAGCCAGGAGUCGGCCAGCCGCAAGCCGUGCAGGCUCAAGCAGGCCGCUCUCAACCUCAGGAAGCCCGGAAUCAUUUCUCUCGGCGGCGGCCUGCCCUGCCCAGACAACUUCCCCAUAGAGUCCAUCUCGAUGCGUGUCCCCUCGGUCAGCGGUGGCUUCUCCGAGGCCGACACCCGUGCUCACGGUCAGGAUGUCACCAUUGGCAAGUAUGAUGUCCAGAACCAGGCCGAAGACCCCAAUGGUGCCGUCUACGACCUCAGCAUAGCGCUCAACUACAGCCAGGCCACGGGCUCGGCUCAAAUGAUCCGUUUCGUCACGGAGCACACGGAGCUCGUCAACAAUCCUCCUUACGCCGACUGGCGGUGCUCAAUGAGCAUCGGCAGUACGGGCGCGUUGGAGAUGGCCCUACGCAUCUUUUGCGAUAGGCAAAGGAAGGACUCGAUGCUGACCGAGGAGUUCAGCUUCUCGACGGCCGUUGAGACGGCUAUGCCUCUUGGAGUCAAGGUCGUUGGCGUCCCGGUCGACGACGAGGGCCUGAUUCCCGAGAAGAUGGACGAGAUCCUGAGGACCUGGAACCCCGAAGAGAGGAAGGGAGCUGCCAAGCCACACGUGCUAUACACCGUCCCGUCGGGUCAGAACCCCACUGGUUCGACGCAGAGUGAGCAGAGGCGGAGGGCGCUUUACCAAGUCUGCCGCGAGCACGAUGUCUUCAUAAUCGAGGACGAACCAUACUACUACAUGCAGAUGCCCCCUUACCGCGGCAGGGACGCCAAGAAGCAGGAGGAGCAGUCCACCGAUGCCGAAGAGACCCCGGACCAGUUCCUAGAAAGCCUGGUUCCUUCGAUUCUCAGCCUGGACGUCGACGGACGUGUCCUGCGAAUGGAUUCGUUCUCCAAGGUGGUCGUUCCGGGCUCCCGCAUGGGCUGGGUCACGGCAUCAGAGCAGAUUAUCGACCGCUUCAUCCGACAUGGCGAAUCGUGCAACCAGGGACCCAGCGGCAUAUCGCAGGUGCUGCUGCACAAGCUCCUGGACGAGACAUGGGGUCACGAGGGCUACAUUCGCUGGCUGAUGAGCGUGCGUCAAGAAUACGCACGAAGGCGAGACGUCUUGCUAGCUGCGUGCGAGGAUCAUCUGCCGCGUGAAGUUGUUGAUUGGGAGGCUCCCAAGACUGGCAUGUUUCAUUGGCUCAAGGUUGAUCAUACCAAGCACCCACGUGCUUCUACUAUGAGCAUAUCAGAGAUGGAGGCGGAGAUAUUUAGAGACUGCAUCGACAAGGGCGUCCUGGUGGCGGCCGGCUCGUGGUUCAUGGCAGACCAUGACGCGGAGCCGAGCGGGUUAUUCUUCCGCGCCACGUUUGCGGCCGCUACCCCUGACAACAUGAUCGAGGCUACUCGAAGACUUGGAGACGCCAUUAGGUCUAGCUUUCAGCUGAACUGAAAAUGCUUGAUUGAGGAGAGUUGUGAAGCUCACUCUUGCUGAUGGUCUUUCUCAUGUUAUUCUUUUUUUUAAAGGUCAUAGAAUGUCGACCGCUAUGAAGGACUUGUCCCAAGAGUUUCAAGAGGUCGACGGGUGGGGAGGUGUCCUGAAAUUUAUUUCCUUACUGUUUGUAUAGAGCCUUCAUUGCAGGAAAAAAUAAAGGCGGCCUCAAAUUAUAAGGACUAUUUUAUAUCGAUGGUUUAUUGAUAAUGAACCCACAAAUCUUU